AUGGCCGCGGAGGGGGCCAGCUAUGGCCCGGCCCACGGAGGCCGACGGAAGGCGGUGGCCGAAGAGCCGCGCCCCUUGCCGAGCGCAUGCUGUGUGCCUCGCGCCUGUCUUUCCCGCCGCCGCCGCCUCCCUGCCAGGGCCAUCUCAAAGUGGACUGGCUACAUUUCAAGAGCUCAGCAACCACGCGGCUACUGCUUUGGACCUGCAGUGCUAGGUGGGGAGGCAGAAGAGACAUCAAGUGGAUUUCCCAAGUGGCGGAAAGGGACACCCGAGGAGGAAGAGCAGCCUGCACUAUGAACCCGUGGCUCGUGCUCUGCCUGGUGGCCAGCUUGGUGGGCGCCUGGUCUACUAUUCAUGCUCAAGGUGUCUCUGAGGACUGCUGCCUGGCCUACCACUCCCGUGUUCAGCCUGGCUUCCUCCGGCACGCCCGGAGUUAUCGGCGCCAAGAAGUGAGCGGCAGCUGCAACCUGCCUGCUGUGAUAUUCUUCUUCCCGAAAAACAAGACCCUGUGUGCGAACCCACGGGACAGCUGGGUGCCGAAGAUGGUAGACUUCCUGGAUGCUGGGAACAAGACCCUCUCAAAGCGCCACUGGAGACGCUUGCAAGUCAUCCUCUUUGGAGCUAGGAAGUCGAGCACUGGAAUCUCCAAGCUGCCGCUGCCCAAGCUUAGCAGGUUCACCAGAAGCGACAAGGAAAACUACCCUCCUGACAAAUGCUAAUCCAGGACCGUGAGCCGACACAUCUCCAGGAUUAGCCCAGUGCAAGAUGGGCUGGACCUUCCUCCACUGCAACAGUCCCCUGCGGCUCCGGGUGCCCCAGCCUCCCUGUCAUUCGGGCCAAAUUCAGUCCUGUGCCUGAGCCUGCAGUUGGCUCCCUCCCAUCACCCCUGCCCCAUCCCGCUCCUCAGGCAGCUGGAAGGAGAGAGCUGACCUUACUUCAAGCCCUCUUGCCUGCUCCAGGAGCCAGAGUCUGCGCUAAGCUAUGGGUCUUGUAGAGGAUCACCGGAAUACAUUGCCCGCCUGCAGCCUCUUGCCACCCACCCUGGGCCACACCUGCCGGGUCCCUCUGGGUCCUUGCAAAGCACCAGUCCAUCCCAGGACACUUCUCCCA